CUGCUGUCUAAAAGUCCCGUCCAGAGUUUCUCAAAAAUGGAAUAGAGCUAAUAUGCCUACAGUAACAUAACAUACAACCAGUGGUGUACUAACCAGAGCUCACAGAGACGAGUCACACAGACGAGAGAUGGGCGUGGGGAACAAAGUUUAGUGGAACUUGGCAACAGAUGCGCGAGGGGGGUCCGGUCCGGGAAGCCUCUUAAGUUGGGCUGAUCUAUGUGUCCGUGCGCGUACACAUAUAGGCCUAUUGCAUUAGUGCACGUUCGUGCAGGAGAAGGACAUGAGCGCACAUUGAGAGCGCAGCUCUUUCACUCGGCGUGAUCAUUUCACGCUUCCCCCCGAAGCCCUUUUUCCACCUAAAGCGUUUAGUUGCAGCUGACUGAACACUUGCACAGAGUGCAAUGGGAGCGGAAGGGUCGAAUUAUUUUAACUUACAGCUUGGCCCAAAACUACUGUAGGACGGAAGGGGGACACAAGAAAAAAGUUUUUGUUCUUUUCCUUUUUUCUUUCGCUCCAUCACCUCCCCCCGCACCAGCCAUGAACAUGGAGCCAGGGCCUCGGAGCCCCGCACAACGGGUCGGCAGAGCAGGACACGGCGGCGUAAACCAGCUCGGAGGUGUGUUUGUAAACGGACGGCCCCUUCCAGAUGUGGUUCGACAGCGAAUAGUUGAACUCGCUCACCAAGGAGUGCGGCCCUGCGACAUCUCACGACAACUCCGAGUUAGCCACGGAUGUGUCAGCAAGAUACUGGGCAGGUACUAUGAGACAGGCAGCAUCCGCCCCGGCGUUAUCGGGGGCUCCAAACCAAAGGUUGCUACACCCAAAGUGGUCGACAAAAUAGCCGAUUACAAACGCCAAAACCCCACCAUGUUUGCCUGGGAGAUCCGGGACAGGCUGCUCGCCGAGAGAGUGUGUGACAAUGACAGCGUCCCCAGCGUCAGCUCCAUCAACAGGAUCAUUCGGACUAAGGUUCAGCAGCCGGGCCAAACUGGCUCAGUGGCGGCUCACAACUUAGGGACAUCUGUAGCUGCCACCCAGGUCUCCGCAGUGACCAGCGACUCAGCAGGCUCCUCCUACUCCAUCAGUGGGAUUCUGGGUAUCAGUUCGGCAACGGAUGUGGGCAAGAGGAAGAGAGAUGAAGGUAUGCAGGAGUCGCCGCUGGCCAAUGGGCACGGCCACAGUGGGCGGGACUUCCUCCGAAAACAGAUGAGAGGGGAGCUAUUCUCGCCGCAGCAGAUCGAGGUAUUGGAUCGCCUGUUUGACAGACAGAUGUCCAGUCCAAUGCAGGCCUGUCCCGAGCUGUAUGUGGGCCCAGACUAUGGCAAGACGUCAGAUUACUCGGCCAUGGCCUCGCUCGCUGGUGGGCUGGAUGAGAUGAAGAGCAGUUUGGCCAAUCCGGGCGCAGGAGCCGACUUGGGAGCUGGCGUUUCUGGUCCUCAGUCUUACUCACUAGUGCCAGGUCGCGAUUUAGCCAGCACAACUCUACCAGGCUACCCUCCUCAUGUCCCUCCCACUGGGCAGGGCAGCUACUCCACCCCUUCGCUCACGGGCAUGGUAGCUGGAGGAGAUUUCUCUGGAAGUCCAUAUUCUCAUCCUCAGUAUUCAACUUACAAUGAAUCAUGGAGAUUUCCAAACCCCAGUUUAUUAGUGUUUCAGCAGGACUAUGGUUCUAUCCUGGGCACAGAAAUCGGCUGCUCCUCCAGUCUCUUCACCAGCCAGGCAGGACAGAUGCAAGGGUCACCAUACUACUAUAGUGCGGCAUCUAGAGGGGCUGGCCCUGCUGCUACUGCUACAGCCUCAGCCUACGACCGCCACUGACCCCCAGGACAACAUGUGGGAGGGAGCGAUAGCACCAGGACAUCUCAGAACUUUACAUUGUGGAGAACAUUCCAGUUAGUUAGGCUGACUGAAUAGUUCAGCAGCAGCUGUUGACAUCAUGGACAUGUUUCUGAACAAGUCAGUGGGAUCAGAGUGCAGUUGAGUGAGUUCAUCAAUGUAAACCUAUCUGCAAAUUCACUGUCAAUCAAUCUUGUAUCUAUGCCAUCCAACAGUGAUGUAAAGACAAUCCAACUCCCAAAACUUUUAAUGACCAAAAUCCACCAAAUCAUUGUCAUUUUGUCACCUUUUCUGAAGUAUUUGAAGAGCAGGAAAACAGACAUAGUUGCCAUCCAAAUCCCACUGCAUUUUAAGCUUUACAAAACAAAAAAGACGUUUAAACCAGAUGAAAAGCACAGUCCCGAAUCUAAAUGAGCCAGUGUCACUAUAUGAAGGUGCUAUCCUGCCCCCACAGCCCAGAUUAAGAGCUAUUUAUAAUGAAGGAGAAACAGAGUAAUAUAUUAUGAAGCUUUUCUGUGCUAUGGGAGUGACUACUGCCUGUAACCAUUUAUAAUGUGUGUCAUGCUGUGGUGAUAGAAUAGUGAUGAUGACCAACAGUGACAUUUCUUCAUAUUACGAAGUCUUUGUUCAUAAAUGUAAACUGACUGCGAUAUUUCUCGCCUGGUAUCAGUCGACACAAAUGCCAUUUUGAUUCCUGAAAACAGGAAGUUAUGGAACUUAAUACUGUCUUUCUCUUUCUCUUGAAACUCCCCAAAGAUGGGCCCCCCCUAGUGGAUCGGCUGACAACAACAAAAGCACAAAGAGACUCAAUCAUUUCUGCAUUUUUCUCCUCCCUUUUCCUCUGUUGCUUUACAUCUUAAAACUGUUCUAUGGUGUUGAUGAAACUGCCUGGUGAAUUAUAAGUAAACAAACGUCUGCCACAUUGGUUCUGCGCAGUGACAAUGCAUGAUGCCAGGGUUGAGGCCUUACCCAUCCACAUCCAUCAGAGAAGCAUAACUUUUCCCUCUGAAAUCAUUUGUUCUUUCUGCUUAAGAUAAACUGUUUUUGUAACUUUCCAUCCAGACAAUUUUGUACAGUGAUCAGUGAAAUAGAGAAACACAAAGUCACAAUGUUGAUAGGCAUUUGAAAUACUCCCAUGAAAAUUUAGCUUUUAGUGAUGAAUCCUUCUUUGACAAAGGUGUGUGGUGUUGUUUUAGCCAUUGUCUGCGAGUGUUAAUCCCAGUUUCAUUGUUUUGGGUAAGACUGUUCAUUGCUUCUGUAGUUUACUAGAGGACAUUUUGGGCACACCACAUAGUAUGUGGCAUAACAUAAAAAUAUAUAAAAGUAUACAACUAAACAAAGCUAUUGGUUUCUCAACCUGUCGUUGUUUCUGAGUUUUGAGCAAGUAAAUAAAGCCUAUCCUUUUGUAGAGUUUCAAAGUUGUGAGCAAACAACUCUAAAAAAGAUUUUAAUGAACUGCUUGCCCGCUGUGCUGAGCAGUGGGGAGCAUUUUUCUUUCCAUCCUGUAUUUUUCUCUCAAACUUUGAGGCAUUAUCAAACCUGAACCACACCAGCUAAGAACAAGGACAGUGCCUUUAGUUUUAUAUGUCGACAGCCCCCUUUGCUGACCAUGUGUCUCUAAAACAAGACCCAGCCACCCUUGUAUGAACACUUUUUAAAGCAGACAGUGAUAUUAGUACCAACACAUUAUUGUACAAAAUGCAGCGGAAUACUAAAAAGGCACAACAAAUUAAAAAGCCACAAUGUUGUCAUCCUGUACAAAAGCAUUACGUCACACAGUAGCGUAAAAAGGAGUCGAUCCAUGAGGAAGUCCUUGAAGGGGUGAAUCAGCUGUGUCCAAGAAGCUGUGACACCAAACAAGUCUCCUCUCCAUUAACAGGAUUAUUUGUUAACUAUGCAUCUUCAUAAGGACACAUCCGGCCUUGCCAUUGCUUUGACCUAAUUGGCUCACAUCGUUGGGGGAGAGGACAGAUCCCGCACUCGAUCGGCCGCCGUGACAUUGACUGCAGUUGGUGGUGAUACACUUUACGCUACAGUACAGGCAGAUGAGGACACACCCCCUUUUGUCCUUUAACGCUCUAGCCCCUCCCUCGUGCCCUGCAUUCUCAAGGGGCGCCCAAACCUGCUGUGCCAUCAGAAGCUCAUCCCGUCUUUUUGCUCUAAUCUCAUCAGAAUAUCUCUCUUCGUGCCGUGCCUCUGCCACACACCGGGCCAGAUUAGGAAUAUUAAAACUGCUCCGCUGACCUCCCUCAAAAAGCUCUUUUCUUCACACAGCACAUUAAUCCCCUUUCCACUCUUUUUUCGGAUUUCUCUAUCUGACCAUUCGCACAGCUGUGUAAUGAAGAAGUAACGUUUGUGCAAAGCCAGGUCAUUUCAAUGGCAAAAUCACAAAUUCGAGGUUGGACAUGCUUUUGUAACCACAGGCAGUAGAAGACUAAAGCUUAUACUUAAAGUGGCACCAAGAUGCUACCAAGACACUGCUAUCUCA